GUGAAUAGGUUUUAAGAGAAAACUCGUAGCUAAAUUCUCUUACUGCUAUUUAGGAGAACUCUUAGUGGUAAGAUAAAAUGUUUUGUGAAUACGGGCCCAGAUAAAUAAAUGAAGCCAGUUUAUUCCGAUAUAACACCUAUAUAUUAGCCGCUUUAUUACCACCUACAGUACACUGCAUAUUGAUUUUAUUAUUUUGCAGCUUGAAGCACUUGCAAGCAAACAGUCGCAGAGUGUCGCUGCUGCGCAACCGCAACGCAGGAUUUUUUCCAAUUCAUGGCACGCAAGGCCUAUUUAUCACUCUCUGUCAAAUUACAAAGAUAAUGCGUGUAAAUUAAUGCGUCGGACACACGCAGAAUUACGUCAAGACAAUGUAAAACAUCAGAAGAUGCUUAGACAGAUGGCCACUUUAAUCUAUCUGCAAAUAUAGUAGAAUUUUAUGAUUGGGACAAUAUCGGUGCAACUUCUAAGGACAGGAAAAUGGCACACAAACCAAAGAUUCAUGUUUUUUUGGGUGCCCCAUGUCCCCAAGCACUCGCUGAAGACAUGCAGGAGAGAGCAGCCCCACCCUGGAAGACAAUGGACCUCACUUGGAGUCAAGGCAGGUUGAUUCCCAAGGACACCGUUAGAGAAGCCCAAACAGGUGAUGAGUGUGUUGCGAUGGUUAGUAGUAGAAUGCAAACUGCUGUUACCUCUGACAAAGUAUCUAAGAGUACAGAGGACAAAACGGAAACAUCACAGGAUGACGGUACUCCAUUGGGCAGCCAAUGCUCUCAAUCUAAGGCAGAGUCCGUUGAAGAAGAGGAAUUGUGUCCUGUAUUAGUGACAGAAUACCUAGAUAGUUGCUUCUUCUCGCAUAGUUUGAGCAGACAAGGCAGAGAUGGAAGGUCUGUAUCACCUGUUUCCACAGAGACUGAGUAUCUGAGUACAUGGACAAAGUCCCAAGCCUUGCUUCUUCGAGGUAAAGUGGCCCAAUGUCCAACUUCUGACUUUCCUGAUGACUUCCUUCUUGGUUCUCCACACACCCCUCCCAAACAAACGCCCUCAUCUUCUAUAAGUUCCCCAGAAUUAUACAGUCCUGUGGUCAGCCCUGAAGAGAGGGGCUUGGGGGGAACCUUGCAAAGCUCAGGAGAGUGGCAUAAUGAGAGUCUAAGCCAAAGACAGCAGGAGAGAGGGGUGAUCCUGGAAAUCACAACUGACGGCAUCCUCUGCUCUCAGGGCAAUGCUAUGGCUGAAAAACCUGUGGAUCAUGAGGAAGUUGGGCUUAAUAUUGACUCACCAUCUACAAUUGCACCAACUUCACCUAGUCCCACUUCUUCUAAAAGGAUGAAGUUGUCUCAGACUGUAAGUAAAGCUAAAGAAACAAAGCAGAGGGCAAGAACAACUGCUGCCCCCCUCUGUGGCCCUACAACCCUGCUAGCCAGGUGUAAGACACAUGGUGUACGAUACGCAAUCUUGGUUGCUGUGGUGCAUCCAUGCCACUUAAAAGAAGUCAAAGUGAAAACUGGAGCUUCGGCUGGAACCAGUGUACCUUUAGCAACAAUGAUUGUUACAGACCAAUCAGACGUGGAGAUGAAGGUGGUGCUAUGGAGGACAGCAGCUUUCUGGGCUCUGACAGUUUUUCCAGGAGAAAUUCUGCUCAUUACAGAUGUGACAGUGCACAUAGACAAGUGGAAGACUGAGACUGUCCUGCAGUCAUCCUUCACCAGUAAGCUGCUGAAUUUGGGACAGGUCACAAGGGAACGUAUUCCACCAGCCCCACAGAAUUUGAACUGUCAUACAUUGAGAACGCUGUGCACUCAUCUGUGUGAGAAGCGCCCCCUGUUGGUGUCUCUGCCUCCUCAGAAGCCUCAGGAUUUGCACUCCAUCCCAUUCAUCCGCCUUGGAGCAUUACGUCCUGACACACUGAUUCACGCUCUACUUAGGGUUAAACACUGGAAAUUAAUCACAGCCUGGCGUGAUGAAGCAGAGGGGACAUCCAGAUCAGGAGGUGUACUAAAAGCUAUUUUGAAUGUGGAGCAAGGAGAUGGUCACCGAGGUGCUGUCAUACUUUGGGGAGCUGCUCUCUCUUGGCUGCAGCGUUUGGAGAGGAACAAAGAUGCUGUGUGGGAGUUCAAGUUGCUGCUAGUCAGACAAGAUGUGACUUCAGGUUUGCUAGAGCUGCAUUCUACUCCAUGGAGCAGCUGUCAGCCUCUCUUUCCUGAUGACAAUCGAUGCAAGGAGUUUUACAACACUGUCCGCUCACAGAGGACCGCUAGCAGCUUUGAGAUUGAUCUCAGCACACUCCUGUCCCAGAAAUACUCAGGUGAUGUGGAUCUGAGAGUUAAAAUCACAGCGUUCCAGUUCCAGAGCAGUCCAUCCCAGGAGGCCUCGCUGGUAAUAGAUGGCAACACGGCCUCGGAGACGAUCUUGGACGUAGUCUCUGGUGACAUCAUCUUUGCUGGAUGUGGUCAGUGCUCUGCAGAACUGGAAACAGAUGAGAACAGCAUAUACAGACCCUGCUACCCAUGUCUGCCACACACAGGAGUGCGUCGCUAUUAUAGGCCAGUUGUUUUAACUGUUCGAGCUGGAGAUGAUCAAAUCUGUGUGCAAGUUCCUCCCGCUCUAGUGCAGAAGAUCCUCCUGAACACUCCCCCAGAUAAGCUACAUAAGACCAUAGCCCCAGCAUCAGAGGUGAGGUUCAUCCAGGUAGUAGCUAACAGGAUUAGGGAAUCACAUCCCCAUCAAACAACGUGUACUCACUCAUCAUUUCCAUCAUUUUCAAUCUCACAGGAGACCAGAGUCGCUUCGGAUGACCCUGCAGAGCACAGAAUGGCUGGAGCACUAAGAAUGGAUGAUACACAGUAUCCCAUGAAGUUUCCCAAUGAGUUUAUGAUGGACCUUCCGUAUCUGCAUGAACCUUUUGAGGUGAAGCCUGAACCCUUUGUGCCAGAGACAGUUCAUGGGCCUUACCUACAGAUAAUCGAGGAGCCAAAGCAGAGAGGAUUCAGAUUUCGUUAUGAAUGUGAGGGCCCAUCCCAUGGUGGUCUACCAGGGGCCUCCAGUGAGAGGAACAGAAGGACGUAUCCCACAGUCAAGGUGUCAAACCAUGCGAGUCACGCUCGCGUAGAGGUUCAGCUAGUGACGCACACAGACCCCCCACGUGUUCAUGCGCACAGCCUUGUGGGUCGCCAUUGUAAUGACAAUGGGAUAUGCACCAUUGAUGUCGGGCCUAAUGAUCUCACAGCACAGUUCAGUAAUUUAGGCAUCCUCCAUGUCACUAAGAGAGGAGUGGUUGAAGUAUUAACGAAAAGGCUGAGAGAAGAGAGGAGGAGGAUAAAAGAGCCUGGAUAUAAAUUUACUGAUGCAGAGGAACAGGCUUUUUUGCAAGAGGCCAGAGAACUGGGCAAAAACAUGGACCUAAACAUUGUGAGAUUAAAGUUCACUGCUUACUUGCAGGACAGCAAUGGGAGUUUCACAAGAGCCUUGAAGCCAGUUGUCUCCAACCCUAUCUACGACAGUAAAUCACCAAAUGCUUCAAAUCUGAAGAUCUCCCGCAUGGACAAAACCUCUGGAUCAGUCCUGGGAGGAGAAGAGGUCUUUCUGCUCUGUGAUAAAGUUCAAAAAGAUGAUAUUGACAUUCGUUUUUACGAGGAGGAAGAUGAUGGAGGAUGGGAGGCAUUUGGAGACUUCUCCCCUACUGAUGUCCACAAACAGUAUGCGAUCGUGUUUAAGACCCCAGCAUACCGCUGCACAGAUAUCACACGUCCUGUCACAGUCUUCCUGCAGCUCAGGAGGAAGAAGGGAGGCGACUCCAGCGAACCCAAGCAGUUCACGUAUAUUCCUCACAAUCAAGACAAAGAAGAGGUUCAGAGGAAGAGGAUGAAGGCUCUUCCUCAACCCUAUGAUCACUGGCGGGGAGGACCUCAAGGAGGAGCAGGGGCCUUUGGAGGUCCUGGAUCUGGAACAGGAGGAGGAGGAGGAAUGGGAGGAGGUUUUCAAUUUAAUCCGAUGGAUGGUUCAGGGUUUUUCAUUGGUGGAUGUAGUGGAUUUAGCGGCGGGGCACAAAUGUCAGGCUCCAACCCACAGACUGACAGAUCUCAGAAUCAGUCGACAAACACACAAACUCAGUCUGGCUCUCAAAUGCAACAGCAACUCUUUCAGAUUGCCACAGCUCUGCAGAGUCGUGCCACUUUGAUGGCAAAGUUCUCUGCUCGUGCUUUGUUACAGUACUGCAGCACAGGAGAUGUGCGCCCUCUGCUGGUUCUUCAAAGACAUCUGUGUGGAGUGCAAGAUGAGAACGGAGACACGCCUUUGCACUUGGCCAUUAUCCAUCAGCAACCUGUUGUGGUACAACAGCUUAUUCAGGCCCUGAACAACACUCCACAGCAGAAGUUUAUCAACAAACUCAACAACCUCAAUCAGGCUCCACUGCAUCUGGCUGUGAUCACAAAGCAGGCCAAGUUAGUUGAGAUGCUGAUGAAAACAGGUGCAGACCCGAGCCUGCUGGACCAAGAGGGCCGGACAGCGCUUCACUUGGCCGCUCACACCGGUGAUGAGGCCAUACUACGAGUGAUCCUGGGUCUGCUGGGAGAGCGCCAUGCCCAUUUAAUAAACUCUGCUGACUUCUCAGGUCAAUAUCCAGUCCAUCUCGCAGUAAAGAAAGAUGGAGAGCACUGUCUUCAAUUGUUGGUGGAGGCAGGAGCAAAGAUUAACAUGCCAGAGCAGAAAAGUGGCUGCACAGCACUACACCUGGCAGUGAGGGACAACCUUUUAAAACUGGCCUGUUAUCUCAUUACCGAGCUGAAGACUGACGUGAAUGCGUGUACCUACGGGGGCAACAGUCCUCUUCACUUCGCUGCCAGUCAGGGCUCCCCACCUCUCUGCUCCAUGCUGAUAGCUGCAGGUGCUGAUAAACGCAUGGAGAACGACGAGCCUCUUUUUUUCCAGAGCUCGUCUUCCUCAGAUGAAGAUGACGAGAGCGAGAAGAAUAAAGUUGACAGGCAGCUUCCAGAUCUCAUGGUUCAACAAGUUCACUGCAUGUCGAUAUCAUCUGAAAGAGGAACAUUUAACCCACGCAAGAGGCCUGCUGCGGGACACACGCCAUUUGAUCUGGCCAAAUGCCAAAAGGUUAGAGAUCUUUUAGAUGGCAGGAAAGGCCCCAAGAUCAGUUCACUCGCCCCCAAGAGGACCAAAAUAAGCACUGAGGAAGUGAACCAAGGUUUGGACAGUGAAGUGCUCACAAAACUGUGUAGUAUUCUCAUUGAAGACCAUGUACCCUGGAAAGAGCUGGCGGAAAAACUGGGCAUGCUCACACUCACUCACCUGUACCAGGAUAGUGCCUCACCCUGCCAGAAGCUUCUCGAGAACUACCAGUUGAGUGGUGGUCCUGUGGACGGCCUGGUGGAGGCGCUGCAGUCUCUGGGUGUGAGUGAAGGAGUGAGACUGCUGAGAGACAGCCAACCCAGAGAGGACAAGCAGAGCACAGAUUCUAAAGAGGACAGUGGCUUUGGGAGUCAGUCUAUUGAAGAGAAGAUGGGAAAUCCUGCAGUGACCAAUCACUGAUUAUCAGGAUCUAUUCUUUGAGGACAACUUGGCACUUUAUUUGACUGAUUUUUCAGGUGCGAACUGGUGGACUGUUAAUCAUCUCAAUAAAGUGGAAAUACAGCACAGCACAGGAGAAAUUGAAAAGGAUCGUUUUGAGGUCAAAAGCCCUCGCUGGUAUUACAUAACAGCAAGACAACAUGACAGAAACCAGGUCCUUUAAGAUACUCAAAUCUCCAUGGCCUGGAGUGAAGCUGUAGUCUUAGUGCAGACAAUUCAGUACUUUUAUCUAAACAACCAUUAAAUUACUGAGAUUUCACAGUUAAUACAACUGUCAUUUCACAACCACAGCUGUAAUCCUGGAAUAUUUCUGCAGAAUCUUCUGAUACGAUAUAUAAGCAACCUUAGGAAAUUGCAAAUAUGUGAUGCAGUUUAAAUCACAUUGGUUGAUUUUCUGAUACAUCUGGAGACUAAUAAUGUUUAUUUAUGUGUAUGUUUGGUUGCAGUUAUAUGCUCGUUCAGAGUAAAUAUGUUUGUGUUUUAAUAAAGUUAUUUCAUUA